AUGGCCAGUAAGGGCCCCCGGCCUGCUUGUGUCGAGGAUUACGACGAAGAAGGCAAUGAAAUUGUACCCGAUACUAGAUACUCUGCCAAUAUUGCUGCCAAUACAGCUGCCAAAAUAUCCUCGAGGUUGGAAAGAUUCCAGGAGCCGCUGAUCGACGCCGCCAGUGACUCAGGUUAUUCUAGUCGCACCGCCGCUACGGUUAAUAGCACCCAAUCUGGGCCGUCGGGCGGAAAAAGUCCCCCGAUCCCUCUUAAGCCGGACGCCCCCAGACGUACCGACCUCGCCAGGAAAAGUUCAACCAGAGAACGCAAGGAAAAGGAACGAUCACGACCCUCGCGCGAAGAGACGAUGGUUGGUGCCUAUCCGGGCGCUGCCCAUCAUGCUCACGUGCCCCGGUCGUCUUCCAAGUCUCGUCGACGAGAACCUUCCUAUGCCCGCCAAUAUCACGACGGUUAUCACGAAUACGGUGUCCCGCAGUACCAUCAAUCAACCCCGAUGGACCAUCGACAGAGCGAAUAUCCCUACUACCCCCAGCGUCCACCCGUCCCAGAAUACUCAUCGUCCCCGCACACCGCUCGAUAUCCAGCCGGCGCCAUAGAGAACAUUCACGUGAGUAACCCUGGUCGACCCAGCCGCUCCGCUUCGUACCAUGUCUACCACUCAGACGGACGACCCAUGAGUUUCCAGGGGAUACCACAUGGAAUGGGUUCAGGAAUGGCAUCUCCAAUGUACUCCCAGCACGGAUACGAUCAUGGCCCUCCACCAGCCAACUCGGCAUACAUGCAAUACUCGUCAUCUCCAUAUGGACAACCUUCCUACUACGCCCCAUCAGCCUCAGACUACCCCCCUCGGAAGGAGGAACACUAUUCUUCGCGAGACGUCCAUGACCGUCCUCCUACAACGCACCAGGAACGGGAUGAAGACUUCUAUCGGAUGCUGCCACCCCCCAGGCCCAAGCCCAGGUCUACCCCACAGAUUCACCAGGCGAAGCGACCAGAGCGGCCAGAUCCACGGAAAAUGCAUACCUCUACCGGUAUUGGGCACUCCCGUCGCCCAUCCAGAGGCAUGGAGAGAGAACGAGGAAUAGACAGGGACAGAGGCAUGGACCGAGAUUUGGACCCCAUGGACAUGCCGGAACUUGCAUCUGCCUUGCCGGCGAUUCAGGAUCGCGGCCAUCGUCGAAUUUCAAGGGACGCCCCGUUGCCAGAGAGAGCCCAUAGCCUACGAGACACCCGACGAUCAGCGUCCUACCAGGAUGAUCGACGGACUGCUCAGGUGGCCGUGGCGAGCUCUCGGCGGCGUAAGCCAACCGAGUACUACUACGAUGAACCAUCCAGCGCCGGCGGCGACCUCGAAGACCGCGAGCGUCAAGCCGAGAACUACCAGGCAGCCCGAUCCGGCCGAACCUCAGCAGCUGCACUACCUCUCUCCGCCGAGGCUUUGCUCCCUAACAAAGCGUCUCACGGCAAUGGGAGCGAGAGCGGUAGCCAGAAGAGUCGUAGCAGCCGCGGCAGUGCCACAGCCUCACGGAAGGAAGAUGACAAGAACAUGACCCUCAUGUUGAACGGAUUCCAGAUUGGAUUUACAUCUGAAUCAGUAGCAGGCAAAUCUAUUAACAUUCGUGCUGGGGAGACUGGGGCCGUUCGACUGAACAUCGGCGGCCCGCGGCCAUCCAAGCAGCAUGUGAACGGUACCAGCUCUGAUUAUACGGGCGGCUCCAGCCGCCGGGCACUUGAAGAUGUGGCGCGGCGUCCCCGAGAUGAUAGGCGAGAUGAUAGGCGGUCGGAACGAUCCAGUCGUCGAGACAGCCGGUCAGCCUACGGGACACGCUACAACUAA